GGCUCCACGUGUGAUCAACCAACCUUUCCUCAUGGCUCAGUUAUCAUUCAUCCCACUCAGCGAGAAAAGUACCAAAACGGCCAAGUAAUUCUCUUUGGCUGUAAACAGGGUUUUUAUCUGGAUGGAAUGCCAAUUAUAACAUGCAAUGGGAACAAAUGGACACAGACACAAUUCCGAUGUCUGGGUAUGACGCAAUUAAAUUCUCUUUAGAAUAAAACAAAACGUUCCGUAACUAAGGAUCGGCAUUGUUUAGUGGUUCUGCAUUUCACAGUAACAUUCGGUGAUUCAUGCAUAAAUGUUCGCGUGUCAAACUUUUCAAUUCCAAAGUGCAGCUUUCUAGAAAUGUCAUAGAUAAUCACUAUGGACACAAGGAGAGUUCUAAAAUAACGAUGAAAGAGGUUUGGUUCCCAUUUUGGUCACUUGUCACCACCUAUGGAAUAGUGAAAAGAUAUAAUGCUCUAUGCUUAACACAAGAUAGUUUUUCAUUGUCAAUUUAUGGCAAACACUGAAGACAGUUUAAUCAAAAGUAUUAUUUGCCUUCCUCCACCUAAAAAUUCUAUUGCUUCAUCUAGGGUUUUGUCCGGAGGUGCGUAGCAUUUUAAAUGGUAAAGUAUCUCAUGUGACCCCACAAGUUGGCAAGGCUGCAAUAGAAUUUCGCUGUGCUAAUAACAGUUUCCAGCUCAUCGGUAGGAAAAGGCUGGAGUGCAUAGAUGGACGAUGGAAUGGAAAGCUACCCUAUUGUCAUAGUAAGUUAUCAAAACGAUCUUAAAACUAAUUAACUUGCAAUAAAAUUGCAUAAAACUUUGACAACUACUUGACAUAAAACUGAUUAAAACUGCUUGCGACGCAGCGUUUUUGCUCUUUUUUAUCAUUUACAAGAAUUCGAGUAUGGGUAGAAUUGACUUGAAAUAAAUCUAUUUUUCUUCUACAGAGUUGCCGUCGUGUGUUCGUCUGCAAAGUCCAGCUAACGGCAUAGUACAUGGCAAUGACAACAGCCAUAGUGCAGAAGCAAAAUUCACAUGUUUUACAGGCUUUGAUCUAUUUGGGGCUUCAACAUUAAUAUGCAACAGGGGCGUUUGGAGUUUCCGUGUUCCAACUUGUAAAGGUCAGUCGUCUUAUUUUCCAUAACCCGUUGACCUCUUUAUAAAUGCCUCUUCCAAAUCUUCAGCACCAAACUUUCCGGUUCUUUUAUCCUUCUGAUGCGCCAUUUGCAUCUAAGAGCCGAACAGGUUUGAUGUUCAUGUCCUAAAUCAUUGUUCAAUGUUUAUUUCUCAGCUUACUGCACGAAGAUUAGGGAUCUGCCAAAUGGACACGUGUUUGGCACACGCUUCUCUCAUGGACAAGUGGUUUCCUUUAACUGCAAACAUGGCUAUGAGUUGGUUGGAGAUCGCAGCCUUCGUUGUAUUAAUGGAGGAUGGAAUUCUUCUGUCCCGCAAUGUAAAGGUUAGUAAUUCCUCGACAUCCCAAGAAAAAUGUUUAAGAAUAUGUUAUGGCUUAUAAACUGAGAGUAGCAUAUUCUUACAAUAUGAGAGGGUUUGUCACAAAACUGUAGAAACUCCGCCUACUUUUAUUUUGGUUCUAUUUAUCUCUUUUGUAUUUGUUGCCACUACGUGUACUGCGAAGACCGAGAAAUACAUCGGAAUCAGUACAGGAGAGUACUUUCCAUUCAGUUAGGUCACUUCGAGUUAUUUAUUUCUCUAUGUGCUUGCAGGGUUCCUUUAUUUUAUUCACGUUAUCUGAUCUUUUAACUUUGGUCCAAUUGCCACGCUAACUAACACGCUCCCCACGAUUAAGGGCCCUCAUUCUAAUAAGUGUUUUAAUACAAAACAUGUCUUUAUAGGGUUGGCUUAAAACGAAUCUUUCAUCCGUAUAUUUUUACUGGUUAUUGGCAGAAUCUUAACCAUUUUUUUCCAUUUAAAAUAGAUCAUUAGGAUAAAAGCAUGAGUUUUUGUUGCUAUACUUUCAUUGGUUCUGUCUCUGCGUAUUUUAUCAUAUCGUUCCAAAUGAUUGCAAUUUCAAACAAAAACAACCUCAAUUUGCCUCUUAUAUAUGUAUUUUUUAUUCUUUUAUAUCAAUGAAGCAUUAUAACGCAUGGGUAGCUUAUAUAAAAGGAGGCAAAUGUAAUUCCUGGCUAGAUUACUCAGUCACAAAGGUAGAUUCUAAGUUUUAAAUUAAUAGUUGUUUAUGAACACUGCUUUUUGUUUUUUCUAGUUAUGCAAUGUGCAAAACCCUCCAUUCCAAGUAAUUCACGUAUCAUAUAUCCACGAACAGAUCAAGUGAGAUACACACACGGUACAACUCUUUAUCUGGCCUGUCAUCAGGGUCAUCUUUUGGCGGGAUCGCCGAUUAUGGUGUGUAACUAUACCACGUGGCUGAAAAGAGAAUUCAAGUGUAUCGGUAUGUUUUCUCCAGUUCAAAAAGUGAAAGUAAACUUGCAACAAGUGUGUGGUCUUCCUUUGUGCUCCUUUUCUUAUUUAAGUAAGAGCCGGAACGUGCUAGCGAAGCUAAUUCAAAUAUUUUCCAAUUUUUCUCGAAUCCAAAAUUGGCAAAAAAAAUUUUGGCGGUUGUCGCAUCAUAGUCACAUCGUUUGACCACCACCACUGAUUACCACAUACAUCAAUCGCAAACCCAUCUUGCUCUUAGAAUAAACGAAAAAAGAAAAAAAAAACCUCGCGCAAAUUAUUACGUAAGAAUGGAUCAUUUUACCACCUGAUCUUAGCGUUUCGAUUGCCAAUUGCGCUUUGUGCGCUGGCGUCGAUACCGGAGACGGACGGGGUAUUUCUCAAGUGAUUGCAACCAUGGUACGAAUCAAAGAAAUGUAAAUAACAGCGGCGCUUAAGCUCUUCGUCUCCCACGAAAGUAAACGGGUCAGAUGGACCAGGCAAAAAUUGUUUAGUCCUACCUUGGCAUGCGCCAAAGUGGACUAGCGGCGGACCAAAGUAUUUUAUCCAAAUAUGCCUCGCGUAACAGCUUCAUGAUAAAAAAAAUGAUUAUUAGUCUUACCAAAGUUUGGAAGCCUCCGAGGCAGGACAUCGGCUACUGUAAAUAUUGGCGAAUUUUUUUAACUAGGGGUCAAUCUUACUUUACGCUACACACUCUUUCUUAUCUAUGUAAUUGAGUCUUAUUUACGUUAAAACAUGCAUGAUUUCAACAAUUUGAGAACUUGGCCGUCAUGUGAUAAAAUACUUAUUGACUAAGUUAAGUCGGUCCGAACGCGAAAAUAUUUGGCUCUCAUUAGGCUCGUCAUGGUAGGUAACUACAUUUUCUUGAAAACAUGAUGUUUAUAUUAUAAAUGUAUGAAGAAAAAAUAAGUAAACUAUGUUACACCAUCGCUUUGAUAGCUCCCUGUCCCAUCCUUGGACCAAUGAGGAACGGAGUCAUCACAUAUGUAACACGGAAGGGUGGUGGUGAGGUUGAAAUAAAGUGCCAUGCUAAUUAUACGUUAUCCGGAUCCUCAAGAUUGAGUUGCAUAAAUGGAGAGUGGAGCAAUAGUAUUCCUUCGUGUAAAGGUAUGUCUCAUACUCGUGAUUGCCACCAGUCGAAAAGUAAGAAAAAAAAUAAACCUUCACGGCCUCCACCUGGCCUUCCCCUCAUAUCGUGCCAAUUGUAUAUGUAGUCUUCCUUGCAAUAUAAAAGAUCCGAUUCUCUCACAGGUAAUUUCUCUUUUAGCUUUUAAAGCUUCCUGCAAAGAUCCUGGAAAUCCUUUGAAUGGGAGAAAGAUUGACGAUUACUUCCGUCACAAAAAAACCGUGUCUUUUACCUGCUUACAUGUUUAAAUGGCCAGUGGAGUGCUAAGAUGCCACUUUGCCUGGGGGAGUUUUUCAGCAAAAUCAUGAUAAAUGCAAGACCCUGCAUGUUGUUCAAAGGUCUUAGUUUCCUUAGUUUCAUAAUACUAAGCUCGAAACGCAUUCCAACAGUAAAUAGAUAGCAUUCAGAAAUCAACUUUAACAGCUUGUUGCCACUAAAUUAUUCAAAUGGACGUGGGAAGCCAGGAUAAUUUUUUUGCUAGUUUUUUCUAAACCUAAAAAAUCACUCAAAAGAAAACAUUAAAAGUUACGAGCAAAAGGUGAAAAACCUAUUUAUGGUUUUGACGUGAAUUUUCCACUCCUUAGCACUUUGUCCUACGCCCAUCGCACCAACGAAUGGCAGAAUACAAGGCAGAGACUUCAGACAUGGGCAGUCUAUAAAGUUUUGGUGUUCCCGUGGCUACACAAGAGUUGGUGCCUACUCGGCCACAUGCAAUAAAGGAAAAUGGAGCGGACCGUUUCCAGUGUGUAAAGGUCAGAAUUGUUAUCUUGUGCUUGCCAUUACUGUAAAUAGCAUAUAUAUAUAUAUAUAUAACAAUUUGAUAUAAGAGGGAAAUCAAGAAUAAUUAUAUAAAUAGAAACAAACUCUAUAAACAGUGAUAAAUUAAUUCAAUCAGAAUGAAAAAGACUGUUUUCAUCGUUCAAAAGGCUUGAUGACCGAAAAUUCUUAUGUGUCAGUUCAAAUCAAUUAACGUCAGCGCUGGAUAAAGUUCUACAGUUAAGAUGGCCUAUGGGUUAAAAAAUUUACACCUUUCAGGAGCAAUCGCAAAGGAAAACAGUUUUCAGGCCCCCUACUUUGAUCACAUUGCGAAACUUUGGAAUUACUCUUGUUCUAUUGCUCCUAGUCUUCUAGUAUUCUAGUCAGGCGUUGGAAUGGGGUGCGCUAGCACACUGAUUGUAAACCUUUGUGAAGGAAAAGUAGAAUGCAAUUUCGGACUUUUUCGAUUAGUGACAAUUUUAUUAUGUAACGAAAAGUAGAGAAGUACCAUACAACCUAAUAUUAAGUGGAAUAUGUAGGCAUGAAAAGCUUAAACCUUUUAACCCCCGAAAGUAAACUGAGAAAGAAAUUAGUUAUUUAGAGAACACAGUUUUCCUACUGAUUACACCGGCGCUGACCUAUAAAUAUCACAGUUCUUUUCCAGUUCUUAGAUAUAUCUUGAUUGCUCACUGCCGAAUGGUAACUAGUAAAAUAACAAUAUUCUAUUUGAAAAUGUACGUCUAAAAGGCAAAGAGCAAUUUAAUGAUUAACUGUAAGCUAAAUUAGUAAUUCUUUCCUUUUUGACUCCGUAGCAUCAUGUGCUAGGCACAGUAUACCAGCUAAUGGCAAAAUAGUGGGAAAUAUCUUCAGUCAUGGAAAAUCUGUAUUGUUUUACUGUUCGUUUGGCUAUAAAAAAGUUGGCGCCCGUUCGAUUAAAUGCGAUGACGGUAAAUGGGAUAAGCCGUCUCCAGUCUGCAAAGGUUAGAAAUGUUGUUUUGUUCGCAACUACUUGCAUUCAUGAUGAGUUAAGUAACGUUUGUUUUACGAUUAAUUAUAGGCAUUUGCCCAACGCCGAAUGAUCCACGAAACGGAAAAGUGGGUCAGAAGGUAUCCCUCGACAAACGUUUCUUUGACGGAGAUGAAGCAACAUUCUCCUGCAACCGCGGGUAUGACUUGAUUGGUAAAAAGAAACUUCGCUGUGUUGGAAAAGUAUGGGAUUUUGGAGAGCCUGAAUGUAAAGGUGAGAAUGUUCCAGAUCUUUUGAAUACAAGGUACCCCUUGAGAAAUGUUUUUGCUUCAAUGACUGGUGACCGCCUGAAUUAAUAGCUUUUUAGUUUUCCUUACCCGCCACCUUCCCUUCUCCCUUUUAAGAACAGUUCUGAUUAUAAAACACAAGCCAAUCAAUGUAUCCUCAAGAAUGGAAAAAUCGUUGUAGAGGUUGGAGUGAAACUGUUUUUUAUGCAAAAAUCGAGAUUGACUCCAACUGUUCUGCCGGGAAACGUGAUAUUAACAGCAUCUAACCUACCAGUGUCAAUAUGCUUUCGCGAUUACAUAUAGACGACAUUUGAGUCGGAGCUCCUCGAAAACCAACUCCUGCGGAACCUCUCUUAAUUAAGAUGAUGAGUAAAUAAUUCCUUUGAUCAUAGAAGAUACUUUCUAGGGUGUUUCUUCCACGAUUUCUCAUUAUAAGUUAUCAAUAUGUAUCAUGAAGAUACAAUAUUCAGUAAAUGACUAAAAGAAACUUUACGUGAUGACAUAAUACAUUUGCGAAACUUACAUCACAUAAUCAACAUACUUUUCAAAUUCUUUUAGCUCCAUGCGGUGAUCCAGGAUUCCCAGCAAAUGGCAAUGGGCAAUGGCGGGACCUUAAACACAACUCAUGGGUAACAUUUUCGUGUAAUAAAAAAUAUCAGCUUGAGGGAAGAAGACAAAUACAAUGUAAAGAUGGCAUUUGGAGUGGUAACCGUCCUAAAUGUGUCGGUAAGAAAAUUCGAAUAAGAUGUUCCUUUGAGUUUUAAUUCAUAUGAAAAAGAAUUUCCGAGCGAUAUCAGUUGUUUUGUUUUUACGUAGAAAUUGUAUCUCUCUUUUAUCAUUUGGUCUUCUCCAAAGUGUGGUUAUAGCGUUGUACAUUGUAGAUAUAGUGUGACAACCCCAUCCUACACUGCGCUUGUUUUUAAAGUUCUUUUUCCGUCUAAUGGAAUGAAAGUUCACCGAGGUGCAUAGGUCCAAUGAUUCUCUUCAAUCCAUUGCAUUAUCAUUAUACCUCUUUUAUCAGUAUCACUAUAUCAUUAUCAUUAUGUAUUAUUUCUUUUAAUUCAAAUUAUAUUUGUCACCGUUGAAUGACAGUUAAGUGUCGUCUUUCUUUUCCCUUAUUCGACAAGGGAAACGAUAUCGCAACAUAUGGAUGAAUCACUACCAAUCAAUUUAAAGUCAUACUAGCCUGCUGAGUAGACGUAAUUUUGGCGAGCGUGUGCUCAGUAUUUUCUUCACGAAAAUUAUAGCCACCAUCUUUGAUUUAAUGGAAGCGGAAGGCUGAGGAGGGAAAUAAAUUUGUACCAGAGGGGCGGUCGACGAUCAAAAUAAGGAGAUUGAUGGGGGUGAAGUUUACUUGUCGCCCUUCCCCCCCUCCUACCCUAGUCGUCAACUCUAACUCCAAUCAGACAUGGCCGGUCGGAUAAACAAUCGCGAGCUUAUAACGUAUGCUCGCCCAAAUUAGACACCCACCCCUGCAUUGCAGGCUUAGUCAUACAAAUGUAUGGCAAUGUUUCUUUACUUCAAUUUCCAUCAGUAAUUGGUAUUGGGCAAUACUUUUCCCGUAUUGUGACAUUGAGAAUGGCAGUUUUAAGGAAAAGAAUAAUAUGAAACUUGGACCAUCAGCCCAUUAUUUUGCUUAUUUUCUUUUCAUUAAUGUUCAUUUAUCGUGUUUUGUUCAUUUACAAAUCAUUCUUACUUAGUUAUCUCCUUAUUUGUUCCUGUAUUUACUUACGCCCGCUCUUGUUUUCUUUUAGGUGUAUGUGCUGAGCCGGGAAAACUCAUUAACGGAAAAGUUGUUGGAAGCAAUUACAGCCACGGUGCUGUAAUCAAGUUUGAAUGCACUAAAGGCUACGAGUUAAGAGGCUCAGCCAAUUUAAUGUGCAAAGGGAGUGUAUGGGAAGGUCAAUUUCCAGAGUGUGAAGGCAAGUUUAUGUUAAAUAUAAAUAACAACGAUAAUAUCAAUAUUUCAAUAUGAGUACAUUUUAUUAUUGUUACAGUUAAAGUGACAGAAAUAGAUAUUAGAGCAAAUGAAAAAGCAGUUUAUUCAAUUAUCUGAACAGGAACGCUCUUAGGGUCCGCAGGGUUCCUGAAAAAAGGUCGAGCGCGUAAUCUGACGUGUUGCAUGUUGUAUCUACAUCUAUGUUCUAAAUUUUCAUUCCAUUAUUCAUUAAUGCAGUUUGAAUUUAUGAUAGUCUACUCAUGUCCCUUUAGAAUGUGUCCGAGUUGGUGCAGUGUUUUGGGGGUUUUGGAAGACGAACCGAAACGCAGACAAUUACUGGAAAGCUUCCAUCACAAGGAUAAAUGCAACACAUUUCGACUUCGCAUUGGUAAACGAUAAGAAACUGACACGUUGUUACCGAAGGACUGAUCAAAAGCUCAUCAUCGAUAAAGUACCAUCCAUAGGGAACUUAUUACCUAACUUGCCCGUUAUAGCCAAUCAGUUUGUCUAUCCAGGGUGGUAUCGCUCGGGAAAAGUUAUUGGUACUUCAGGAGGCUCUUGGGUGCACGUGCAGUUUGAUGACGGUAAAAAAAAAGGGUUCCGCUUGGACGUGUUCGUUUACGUUCUUACCCUGGCUUUUGUUCUGACGUUGAUUAAAUCAUAACAAAUAAUGGACUGCUUAAAUUUGAGAAUAACUCAGAUACUGUUUCCUGCUUGAAAAAAAAAGUUAUCUGCAGCCAUGUAGGUUGUUGUUAGUGUGUAUUGAGACAAGUUGCUUGACCCUUCUUUUUCAUAAAUAGCGCUUCCUGUAAAAUUUAGAGUGAAGCAAAUCAGUACUAGGAGUGCAAUCAGGUGAAACCAACCUCUUAGAUAGGAUAGAAACCAAGUUUAGCGUUUGUUUUGUUUUUUUGCUCAGCCCCAGCCCCAGAUUGUGUCACACGGGUAAUAAACAUACUUCUCCUGAGGUUCCUAAGCUCAUGUAAAUUCAGACUAGUCUAGUCAAAUAUGGAGCAAGUUAAAGGAUACAGCGAGCUCCAAAGAUAAUCAACCUAAAAGUAACAAAACCACUUGAACGACAUGAAUAAACUUUUAAGAAAUUGAGUGGCCACGAUUUUUUUUGACAUUAGAUUAGAGUCCAUUGUCUAAGUUUUUACACAUCAAGGCUGGUUUUUUCCUCCAGAAGUUGGCCCAAAGGACCCAGUGGGCAACCUUCUUCAUGGGGCCUAAUAAAGGAGGUACCCCUCUGCGUCCUGAGGCAUACAUGUGUACUGCAGUUCUCCCGUAAGGAAAACAUUUAAAAUUACUUACUCAACAAACCAUCUCACACGAUUGUUUCACAAGCGACAUAUAAAUGAAACCAAGCCAAACUUGAAACUUACUUGCAAGAUCUGUCAACGAAAGGACGAAUAGAUAUAUCAUAAUAAAAGAUCCAUUCGUCGCGGCUUUUGAAAAGCAAGAUCCAGUUUUUGUUGCGCACGAGCGGUAAAUUUACAGAAAGAGGCCAUGUUCGACUCAUAUGAUGACUCCAGCUGAGAUUGCAAAAACGAGUGUCACUAAAGCUAACUUCAAACAACACUCCUACAAAGGAAAACUCUCAUCCGGACUAUAAGACAACACGAUCAAAUAGCACCUGUGAGUUCACACCAUUCGCACUGAAAGGCCAGUUUAAUUGAUAAUGCAGAUGACAAUAUCAUCUACCGUAUUAAUGGUACAAUUGAUGUGGUUGCUAUAGACCAAGUAAUGUCCUAGUCUCUGAGAAGUGGGUUGAUUGCACAUGAGGGGAAAUUCAAAGCACUAAUUUUGAGAACACACCCUUAUGAUGACACCUUGAAGCCCUUUAUGUUGGGAGACAAAAUUAUUCAAUACACAUCUUUUCUUAUUUGCCUUCAGGUAACAAUUGAUGAAAAAACUCUCCUGGGACAAGGAUAUAAAACAGCUGCUACAUCACUCACUGCCUUAAAAAUUUUAAUAUGAAAAAAAAUACAUAACAAAUACAUACUCAAAAUAAACAUUCAAAUGUGUCAUAUUAGAUUGGUUUUCUGAGGUUCCACCACUGAACAUUCAAAUAAGGACUUAGAGCUAUCCUAGCAUACCAAUAUCAACCCCUUAACCAGCAAGGGACAUUGCAGAUGCUAAUUUUUACUUACAAAUGUAAAAUGGGUGUCCCUCAAGUACUUUGAUUGUUUUGUGUCUUCUAACUAUUUCCCAUAAAUUGUUUUUUAAUUGCUAACUUAAUGGAUAUAUUUUUCAGUAAUUCUACAUUGUAGGUCUUUGUCAGCAAUGAUGUUGCCAAUUUUAUUCUGAUCUACUUUCAUGAAUUCACAAAUAAAUCCGUUUAGUAUAUGUGUGCAUGGACAGUAGAAUGAAUGAGAACCCUCUCUAGUAGUGUAUAAAUAGUAGACACUACAUCUGAGCCCCAGAGAACAAAUAUAGUAUACAAUGCACACUAAAUAUCUUUGACAUGGACAAUCAGGUGAUGAGAUGCAUGUGAUGCAAUUUCUUUGUUGUUUACAGUAAAAAAACCAAUGAUGCUUUAUUUAAACUGAAGGUAAAUAAAAUAUAUAAAAGAAAAUCCUGCAGCAAUAGCUGCUUCAAAAAGCUGUUUUUAAAUCUACCUAAUCACUGGCAAAUUAAAAGGGUACUUGCCACAUUACUCAUACAAUAAACCUUUAAAAUAUCAUUCCUCUAUUUAAAACAAUGACUAGCAAAAGCUUUACAGAGGACUCUAGUUACAGAUCAUUUCUCAUAUAAGCUAUUAAAAGAUGACAUUUAAAUUGUACUUCUGUGGUAAUACUUUUUAGAUGUAACAAGUCAUUAGUGUUUGUUUGUUUCUUCUACAAAACAGUGUCACAAUACUGCAUUAUAUUAAAUUUGGAUGAAUGUGUGAGCCUAUUUUUAUUAUACUAGACACUUAAAAUCAUAAGUAAAGAUAUGUUGCUCACAGGGGAAGGGAAGGUGCAGAAACUGCAGAAAAAGCUUGAGAAAUAUUCAGGGUUCAAGGGGAUUCAUACUUUAUUUUAUCUUAUUUAUUUAUUUGCCACUUACACACACAAACACACACACAUAAAUUACAGUUGUUUACAUCAAUCUAAAAUUAUAAUAACUAUAAUAAUAUCUUUACACAAAAAUCAACUCUUAAUCCAGAUGAAAUUACAAUUUAGGGUCAUCUAUAAGUAGUGUGGCGAGGAAGCCCAGCAGAAGCUAGAGGCUUAUUAAACCUGGGUUCCUCACACGAUGUAGAAGAUGGAUUUGCUAAUUAUGGAUGGGCGAGUUUAAUCUAGUUUUCUGUGAAUGAGGAAUUUUUUAAGUGAAGUCUUACAGACGGAGAAUCUGCAGGAUAGGAUAAGAUCAUGGGGCGGGGAAUUCCAAACCUUUGGACCUCGGUGCACCUUUGGUGCAUGAUUUUAAACUGCUUGAUAUUAGAUCUGCAAUAGUGUGUGUGCUAGUUUCUAUUAUUCCAUGUAUCAUACAUAAAUUUGAUGACGAGUAGAAAAAAGAGAAUAAAAAGCAUUAGGAAGGAGGCUUUUAUGAUAGGAAUACAUAAAACAAGCUACAAGGAAAGCAUUAAUGUUAUAAAUAUCAAGGAUAUUAAGAUUGUAGAACAAGGGCACAAUAUGAGCUAAGUGUUCGGCUCCUCGUAUAAUUCUGACUAUACAUUUAUGCAGGAGGAAAAUCCUGUUUAAAUAAGGGAUAAAUUGAGGACCAUAAGAUAUUACAAUAGCUGAGAUAAGAAUAUUCUAGAGUAUGGUAGAGAGUUAGUAAAGAUUUUGAAGAAAGAAAGAAACGAGAUUUACUUAUUAAUUCAAAAGUUUUUUAUAUCUUUUUAGUAAUGUGGGAUAUAUGUUGCUUUCACGAGAGGUGCUGAUCAACAAGAACUCCAAGAAACUUUGUUACCUCAACCUGCUUGAUACCUAUAUUGUUGAGAGUGAUGUUAUCAUUAUGUUUUUGCAAUUUUAAGUGAUAGUUUAUUAGCAUUAAGCCAGCACAUUAAGCCGUAUUAUUUUCCCUGACAAAGCCCUGUUGGGCACCGCUUCUUAACUACACUGUAUAAAGCCACGCACCCAUGGAGUCUUAAAAGUGACGUUUACAAAGUGACUCUGGUACAAAACAAAGGUUUGACUGUAUGUCAACACUGAUCAUGAGAUACUGAAUAUGUGAGGUUUCACCUGUGCACCUGUACAGGUGUUCAGUGUGAUAGGUAUCGAGAAUCUCUCACGAAGAUAUGUAAACAUACCUACAUUUCCACUAAAUACUCAUUCUCAGUGUACUAUACUGUUAAACUAAUGGUUUCUCGAGUCUAUUUUCAAUCUGAGCAAUACAAUUCACCUUUGAGUCAUUAUCAAAUUAACACAAAGACAGGAUACCGUUGUUGAAUGCCUCAUUAAAAGGAAACUUCAAACUUACCUUUUCUCUUGUCUCUAUUAAACGUGCUCUCCUCUCGGGCUGAAAUGGCCAGGUAACGAAAAGCCAGGUUUGUUAAACGAUAGGUAUGUACAGUUAACAUUUAUGUUAUCUGCAGAAUAUUCCCAUAACAAGUACAAAAACCCGCACUUCUGGUCUAUCCAACGCUCAAAACUAAGAGGAGACUAUUUAUGCUUCUGCUGUUGUGUUCUUGAGGAAAUGAAACGAACGAAUGUCCAGAAAUUAACGGAAAUGUCAUACACUAUUUUUCAAAAUGGCGCCAAAAGAAAUUAGUGUGUAGCAUGAAACCGCUGACCUGAAGAACGCAUCUAUAACGGCAUAGGUGACUUUCACAUGAAACUUCGGCUGUACAAGAACUGUUUAUUUUAGGAACAAGACAAAAACUGUGGUCACAGGGCUGCUCAGGGGAGUAGAAUAACUGCAUGCUAGCGUGUAAUGGCUAAGAUCACGACCUCGUAUACUUUGCCAAAAUAAUAUGUUAGAAUUGAAGACAUCAAUAGUAAGCAAGCAAAUGAAAGAAACCUGGAUCUUUUUCAGGCGCAGUCGCUCACAACCACCAAUAACAAGAAAUUUUUUAUCGCGUUUUCUGAUUGAUAUUUGUAUUUAAAAUCUAUAGUAAUAGACCGUAGCGCUUAGCGAGUUCUCCGUGACCAGUUUUUGCGCAUCGAAUGAACGAUUUGGCGGCCAAAACGUAGUUCGUUUUUCAAAUCUCAGCCUGAACAACGCAGGAGAGAAACCGCAUCAGUCAAUCUUCGUCGAAGUCUUCUCUUGAUGAGGAAGGUUCUCCUUCUUAGGGCUGAACCGUGCUCACAACAUCCAUUUCUUCUUUAUUACUUGAGUACCAUGCAUUACAAUUCUCGGAAAAGCUAACUUAAGGAUGGUAUAUAUCGCGAUUGGACAUUAUUUUUACCUCGCUAUUACAAAAUUACAGUUGCAGAGAUGUAAGUGAUUUUUAAGUGUCAACCGAGAGUUUUCACAGUUUUUGACGUUAUCUCGUUACCAGUUUAAGCAACCACUUAAGACAAUUGCAAAAUUAAAGCUCUUUUGGGCCUGAUAGAAAACCGAGUUUUAUUUUUUAAUUUUUUUAUAUCAGAACAUCCCUUAGCUCUGAAGCUGGAAGAUAAACAACGCAGUACUCCUCAAACGAAAGAUGUCAUGCGUCGUCAUCUUUCAGCAUUCUUUUUUUUUUCCCUUGAAUUAUUACCUUAAUAUGCAAAGGCGAUAAGACAACAGGAUCAAAUAGUACCUAUGAGUUCACACCAUUCGCACUGAAAGGCCGGUUUAAUUGAUAAUGCAGAUGACAAUAUCAUCUACCUUAUUAAUGGCACAGUUGAUGUAGUUGCCAUAGACCAAGUAAUGUCCUAGUCUCUGAGAAGUGGGUUGAUUGCACAUGAGGGGAAAUUCAAAGCAGUGAUUUUGAGAACACACCCUUAUGAUGACACCUUGAAGCCCUUUAUGUUGGGAGACAAAAUUAUUCAAUACACAUCUUUUCUUAUUUGCCUUCGGGUAACAAUUGAUAAAAAACUCUCCUGGGACAAGGAUGUACAAACAGCUGCUACAUCAUUCCCUGUCACCGAGUUUUAUUUUUUAAUUUUCUUAUAUCAGAACUUCCCUUAGCUCUGAAGCUGGAAGAUAAACAAAGCAGUACUCCUCAAACGAAAGAUGUCAUGCGUCAUCUUUCAGCAUUCUUUUUUUUUCCUUGAAUUAUUACCUUAAUAUGCAAAGGCACGUGCCUCUGAACUCUGUCGGAGAUACUGCUCCUUCGGCAAAUUGAAAGUGAUGUUAAUUACAGGUGGUAAUGCAGGAAGAGGCUAUUUAUAUUAGUUGCGCCAUCAUUUCCCUGUCGUUUUGAUAAAAAUUGUUACAUCUGAUAUGGUUUCCUGCUGCUUAAGACGGUAAACUAUUUAUGAUAAAGGAAAUAAGGAGAAGUUGAAAAUAUGCACAGUUGAGUGUAAAAUUAAGUAGGUCUGAUUGAAACACCAUACUGCCUAAUUCUGAUAAAAAGUUAAACGGCAGGGGUUGGAUGACUUCCAAAACACAUACCUUUCGAUGGAAAGAAAAUGACAGUACAGUUUCAGCCUCAGUGAUUUGGCUGAAGGGGAAAAAAAUUCCGCAUCAAAAAUAACACUUUGCUGACAGAUAACUUCUCAUUUCCUGCCCUUUAAACCCUGAGAAAUAACAACGCUCAAAAGUAAGAAAACAAAGAUAACGUUACUGUUUGCAGCUUGACCGAACGCGUGUGCUGAAAGGGAAAAUCCUUUGACACGUUCGUGCGUGAUUCUUAUUUAAUGCCUUUGCGUCUGAAACGCAGAAGUAAUACCUUCAAAUUACAUUUCGUUAUCGUAAACACUGCGAACGGUGUUGCGUGCGUUGCCUUCAAAGCUUUAUUUUCGAUCUUUUCUUGCUUAAACUGGCAAGAGGCGAAGACAAUAUACAAAACAAGUCAUUAAGUAUUGGGCAGUAAACCCGAUUAUCUAUGCUUCAAGUUUAAAUAGUUUAGCGACACUUGUCAUCGUAGAUAAAAAAGAGAGAAAAGAAUGAGACGGAAGAUAACUGGCAUUGAGAUUUUCUUUUUGAAAUUUUGAUUACGUAAUUCACACAUUUAACAAAGAAAUCGGAAGCUAAUUGCAGUGCGAGCCGGGACGCUAUAUCAACCAGUUGGUUUCUUGUUAGCGCAAGGAGCGGUUGCCUGACUGGAUCGCUUGUUUGUUUCGCUUCCUUUUUCGAUAACUUGAGGUGAACGACAUGAUGUAUGCAAUCACAUACCAAACGAGACAACCUACUAUACGAGACUAAUUUGCCGAUGUAAACAGUCAAAGCAAGACAAUUCAGAUUGUAAAGAUUCGUGACAAAUAACGCUGCUGGAGAUGCUGACCCCUUUGACAUUUAUAUUCUUAUCUUAAAUUACAGUGCUAAAGGAAGUUGAAGUACACUGCAUUUAAAAGGCUGUCUUCCACAUCCUUAUCUCAAUUUGAGCAACCUAUUUCAGUAAGAGGGUUAGAUUCUACGGGCUUCCUCAUGAAACGUGUGGGGUUGGUUUCAGCGUCAUUUAUAUUCUCGUUUGUGAUCGUCACAUAUGGUGAGUACGAAAAAUAAUAUCGACUGCAUCAUACAAACUUUUGACAAAGCGGGUACGAGCGACAGAUUCUCGAUUAAGCACAUAUCUGAACAAAAGUAACCUCUCAUACAUGUUAUGCUCAAUUAGCUUCCCUUAACGCUCAAGCUGGAAGAUACACAACCCUGUUCUCUCAAAACGAAAGCGCAGUUAGUUUUAAGUUUGUGACACUGAAAAGGAAACGUUCCUUUACAUAUACUUAUUCUUGAGUAAGCCAAUGGAAAGGGGGUUUUCAGGGUUUUCCUUAACGAAAUGAACUUUACACUGUUAGUUUCUGUCUUGAAACUCUUGAACAUUCCCUCGCUUGUGAUCUUCACAUCUGGUGACUGACGAAAACUAUAAUACUCAAAUCACUUUAAAAGUUGACAAAGCUAGCAGUUGUAAAUUUUGAUGGCGCACACACGGUUUCGGAUCUGUGUCAGACAUCUCAUUGAGGAAAAGAGAUAUUUACCUUAUGCAAAGAGCAGUAAGCUUUCUUUGGCGCUGAGGCCGGAAAAUAAGCCACGCGUUACUCUCAAAUAAAGCGGAAGAGGGUGUUAUCCGUCAGCAUUUUGUCAUUUUCUGCAUCGCUGCCUUCAUUUCUAAGAGUCAGCCUAAUUUCUGAAAAGUGAAACAAGACUAUCCAUAUUCAUGACAAGUUAAGGAUAUCACUAUAAAAAAUUGCGAUAAAACAUUUCUUAAAAUCAUUUCAAGAUUAAAAAAAUUGCUAAAAAGCGACGACGUUUCGACGUUGGCUGAGGUACGUCGAUGAUACUCUGGCUAGAAUGCCUAGCGUUGAUGUUGCUGCUGAGUUUCUUAGUACCCUGAAUGGCCUACACCCCAGUCUAACAUUUACGAUGGAGCUUCCUGUGGAUAACAAGAUCCCUUUUAUUGGCAUUGAAAUCGUCAAGAACGGAACUAAACUUGAAAUUCAAGUUUACAGAAAACCAACAAACACCGGAUUGCUCCUACAUUUCCAAAGUCACACGGAUAAACGCUAUAAAGACUCUUUAUUACAGACAAUGAUACAUCGUGCCUAUUCCUUGUCGUCUACAACAGAGGCUUUCAAUGCAGAAUGUGCCAAGUUGCGCUCUAUAUUUAGUCGCCUUGACUAUCCAAUGAGUGUUAUUGAUUCUGCUAUCAAAAACUUUCUUUUUCUAAAUUCCUCAGCUAACAAAGCAGAAAGAAACAAUGAUGAUAGUAGCACAGUAAGAAUUAGUGUUCCUUUUAAAGAUCAAGUGGCCGCUAAUGCGGUUCGUAAGCGGUUACGCGAUCUUAGCCAUAAGAUUGGCCCUACUUUGCAACCAGUUUUCGUGAGCAAGAAAUUGGGGCAAGACCUCAGACCCAAAGAAAUCAAGCCGUCAAUUGUUAAUAAGCAGUGUGUUGUUUACAAUUUUUCAUGUGAUCUGUGCGAUGCAGAUUAUGUCGAGUAUACAGCCCGACACCUUCAUCAACGCAUUGCUGAGCACAAAAAUUCGGCAAUCGGUAGACAUUUCUUAGAAGCUCAUGGUAACAACAACCUUUUGAGAGAAAGCCAAUUCACGGUUUUAAGAAAGUGCCAGAGCAAAUUUGAUUAUUUCAUUAUUUGAAAUGCUCUUCAUCAAGAAACUUAAGCCUAAUUUAAAUAUUCAGACGGACUCCAUACGUGCGAAACUCUUUGUUUGAUAUUUUCUCACGUUACAAUUUUUUUAUCAGCUAUUGUUGUUUUUUUAGUAUUUAUAGACCAAAAAUCACUACUUAUUUUGACUUGAUAAUGACGUUCAGCCAACGUCGAAAUGUCGUCGCUUUUUAGCAAUUCUUUUAAUCUUGAAAUGAUUUUAAGAAAUGUUUUAUCGCAAUUUUUUAUAGUGAAAUGCUUUUCAAAAUCACUUCUUGUAAGUUAAGGAUAGGUGACCAUAAGAUAGGCAUAAGGGUCAGCAUCAUUAGCCAGAUUCUCAAGGACAGCUCUGUCUGUUCCGAUUGAGCCAUUUGAUAUCUACUCAUCCAAUAUUUAGAUAUUUUUUUUAUUAUUUACAAGAUAAUUCAAAGAGAAUUAAAAUACAUAUGGAAAAGCACAUGCCCAACAAAUCAGGAAACCCCAAGAUUGUUCAAGGAAUAUUAGGACCUAACGUUAUACACCACAGGAUCAUUAAAUUAGCCUUUCUUUGCAAAUAAUUUACCAUUAUAAGGCGGAAACUAUUUGUUUCUUAACUCAGGUCAUUUGUUGUAAAGGGAUUGUACAAUGUGACAUUAACUCGCCGUUCGUCUCGGAAGCUUGACGUCAGCUGUCUAUUUUUUUUUUUAAGGCUCCACGUGUGAUCAACCAACCUCUCCUAAUGGCUCAGUCAUCAUUCAUCCCCCUCAGCGAGAAAAGUACCAAAACGGCCAAGUAAUUCUCUUUGGCUGUAGUCAGGGUUUUUAUCUGGAUGGAAUGCCAAUUAUAACAUGCAAUGGGAACAAAUGGACACGGACACAAUUCCGAUGUCUUGGUAUGACGUAAAUUAUCUUUAGAAUAAAACAAAAUGUUCUAUAACUUUAGAUCGGCAUCGUUUAGUGGUUCCGCAUUUUACAACAACAUUCCCUAAUUCGUGCAAAAAUGUUUGCAUGUCAAACUUUUCAAUUCCAAGAUGUAGCUCUCUAGAAAUAUCAUAGAUAAUCACUACAGAGACAAAGAGAGCUCUAAAAUGAAGAUGAAAGAGGUUUGGUUCCUAUUUUGGUCUCUUGUCACCACCUGUGUACCGGUGAAAAGAUAUAAUGCUUUAUGCUCAACGCAAGAUAGUUUUUCAUUGUCAAUUUAUGACAAACACUGAAGACAGCUUAAUCAGAAUUAUUUUUUAAUUUUCUCAACCUAAAAAUGUUAUUGUUUCAUUUAAGGUUUUGUCCGAAGGUGGGUAACCUUUUAAAUGGUAAAGUAUCUCAUGUGACCCCACAAGUUGGCAAGGCUGCCAUAGAAUUUCGCUGUGCUAAUAACAGUUUCCAGCUGAUCGGUAAGACAAGGUUGGAGUGCAUAGAUGGACAAUGGAAUGGAAAGUUACCCUAUUGUCAAAGUAAGUCAUCGAAACGAUCGUAAAACUUAUAUCAAGUUAUCGAGACGAUUGUAAAACUUGUAUUAAAUUAUCCAGACGAUCGUAAAACUAAUAAACUUGUAUUUUAAUGCAAGCUAAUUAGCUGUCAAAGUUUUGAUGCAAUUUUAAAAAUUUGUAUCAAAACUUUGACAACUACUCGACAUUUAUUUUUCUUCUACAUUUAUUUUUCUUCUACAGAGUUGCCGUCGUGUGUUCGUCUGCAAAGUCCGGCUAACGGUACACUACAUGGCAAUGACGACAGCCAUGGUGCAGAAGCAAACUUCACUUGUUUUACAGGCUUUGAUCUAUUUGGGGCUUCGGCAUUAACAUGCAACAAGGGCGUUUGGAGUUCACGUGUUCCAACUUGUAAAGGUAAGCCGUCUUAUUUUCCCUGACCAAUCGACCUCUUUAUAAAGGGCCUAUUCCAAAUCUUCAGCACUAAAAUUUCUGGUUCUUUUAUCCUUCUGAUGCGUCAUUUGCAUCUGAGAGCCGAACAGGUUUGAUGUUCAUGUACUAAAGCAUUGUUCUAUGUUUAUUUCUCAGCUAACUGCAUGAAGAUUAUGGAUCUCCCAAAUGGUCACGUGUUUGGCACACGCUUCUCCCAUGGACAAGUGGUUUCUUUUAACUGCAAAUAUGGCCAUGAGUUGGUUGGAGAUCGCAGUCUUCGUUGUAUUAAUGGAAGGUGGAACUCUUCUGUUCCGCAAUGUAAAGGUUAGUAAUUCCUUGACAUCCCAGGGAAGAUUUUUACAAAUAUAUCUUAGCUAAUAGAUUGUGCGUAGCAUAUUCUUUCAUCGAAUUUGAAAGCGAAUCUUUCAUCCAUAAAUUUUUACCAGGAGAAAAUGGCUACAGGAAGAAUCUUAACCAUUUUCUCAUAAAACAGAUAUUUAGGAUCAAAGCAUGAGUUUUAGUUGCCACACUCACAUUGGUUCUGUCUAUGCGUAUUUUAUCGCACCAUUCUAAAUGAUUGUAAUAUCAAGCAAAACAAACCCAAAAUAGGCUCUAUUAUAUCUUUUAUAUCAAUGAAGCAAUAUAACGCAUGGCUAACGUACAUGAAAGAGGGCAAAUAAAAUACCUGGCUAGAUUACUCAGUCACAAAGGUAAUCUACAUUUGUGACUGAGUUUAGAUUUUAACUAGGUUUUAACUAGGUUUUAACUAGGUUUUAACUAGGUUUUAAAUAGGUUUUAAGAGAGUGUCUCUGUAAGAGCGGUCCGGUCGAUUUUGCUUGAGACACGGAUUUCGCUCGUUUCUCGUGUGUUGUAAGACAUUCAUGUACCUAUACUAAAACCACAAUCAGUUUGAGCGGAUCUCUUUAUUUUUCAGAGUUCUACGGAAAUUAAAUUUCACUCGAGCGAAGGCUUGUCGUGACACUUUUCAAGACUUUAAUUUCAUACAACUUUGGAGGACAAUUUACAAAAAACUACGAAACUCAGCAAAAAACAAAUACCGCAGCCAUGUAUAUUAACUCUAUCUUAUCUAUCGAGGCGACUUUCGUAAACAUCACGUGUCAAUCAAGGAAACAGGAAGACUUGAAUGACACCUUAUCGGUUCGCCUAAAUCAAACACGCCAAAACCGAUCAAAUUCAAGGUAAAUUUUUGAAAAAGUGAGGCGUUCUUAACUGAUCCAACUAACAUAGCUAGGAAGUAGGUGCCAUAGAAAAGAUAACUACAGAAAAAAACUUUGCGGCCCGACCUUUACGAGAACUUUACAACUCCGUGAACUUACCUUGGCCGCCAUUUUGAGGGACUUGUCAACAUGAAGCGUAACCGAUAUAAAUCAAGCAGGUUAAUCUAAAACCGUCAGAAAUAUAUAAGAAAGCAAUUCAAAUGAACCUUACUUUCAAUUCAAGCGGCAAAAUUUGAAAUUGUUUGUUAAACUUACCAUCCCCAUGCGACCAUUUAUUCCAACAAUACAAACACUACAACUUUCUGAAUUCCCCUCGUCGAUUCCACCGCAAGAAAUAA